GUCCGGCCGCCGCCAUCUUGGUCGUGGGCGUCGCGAGAGGGCUGCGCCAUGCCGUCGUCGCCGCUGCGGGUGGCCGUGGUUUGCUCGAGUAACCAGAACCGCAGCAUGGAGGCGCACAACAUCCUCAGCAAACGAGGAUUUAGCGUGCGCUCCUUUGGAACCGGGACUCAUGUGAAGCUUCCAGGACCAGCGCCCGACAAGCCGAAUGUUUAUGAUUUCAAAACCACUUAUGAUCAGAUGUACAAUGAUCUUCUUAGGAAAGACAAGGAACUCUACACGCAGAACGGGAUCCUGCACAUGCUGGACAGGAACAAACGCGUCAAGCCGCGGCCGGAGCGCUUCCAGAGCUGCAAGGACCCGUUUGACCUCAUCCUCACCUGUGAGGAGCGGGUCUACGACCAGGUGGUGGAGGACCUGAAUUCAAGGGAACAGGAGACCUGCCAGCCAGUGCACGUGGUCAACGUGGACAUUCAGGACAACCAUGAGGAGGCCACCCUGGGGGCCUUCCUCCUCUGCGAGCUCUGCCAGUGUAUCCAGCACACGGAGGACAUGGAGAACGAGCUCGAGGAGCUGCUGCAGGAGUUUGAGGAGAAGAGCGGCCGCGCCUUCCUGCACACCGUGUGUUUCUACUGAGCUUCCUGCUCGUCUCCCCUGCCCGCCCCGCACCAAUAAACUCUGCCUGGGCA